CUGAAAAAGAAACAGACUAGUGUGAGAAAUAGAAAAGAAGGGGAAAAACAAGAAGGAAGGAGCCGUGUUUAAGCUUAAGAAGUGAGAUGUGGGUGUUCAGGUGUCUCUUUGUGCUUUACGGAGCAGGAGUUUACUUCACUACACAAGCCAGCACACCCCAGCAAGAAGAGAAUUUGGCAUUAAGGGGAAAGACUGUACAGUCAUCCAAUUAUCAUCCGUAUGUGGCUGCAUAUGCCAUUGACGGUCAGCCCUCAACCUUCUCAAGUACGGCGGCCUCCACUGACAACCCCUGGUGGAGGCUGGACCUUCUGGAUUCUUACCACAUUGCUGAAAUUGUCAUCACUAACAGAGUUUCGUGCUGUGGCGAACGCCUCAAUGGAGCAGAAAUUCAUAUUGGAAAUUCUCUGGAAAACAACGGCAACAAUAAUCCUAGAUGUGCUGUGCUGGGUGCUGUGGUAACGGCCCAGUCUGUGUCUUUGUUCUGUGGUGGAAUGAGAGGGCGAUAUGUGAAUGUCAUUAUACCUGGAAGUCAGAAAAUUCUCUCUUUGGCUGAAGUGCAGGUGUAUAAAAAAGUUUAUCAAGCUGUUAUGAGCUUGAAAUUUAUCUCGAGUCUCAAUGUAGCUGAUCCAGCAGAGAGCGGAAAACUUCUAUAUCAGAUGACGACUGUUCUUUUAUCUAAAGGACACUCAAAUUUCACACUCACCUGGAAAAAACUACCUCAGAAAGUGAAACCAAAAUCAAAGCAGGUCUAUGAAUUAUAUGUCAGAGCCAAGGCUCGAAUCCAGGUCUCUGGCAUGGUGGUCAGAUCUCCCACCAUGAUGUAG